UGAGUCCCAAGCACGGGUCACGGGAACGCUGCCGGGCGGCCGGCUGUUCUAGUUGAGUUUGGUCCUCAGUGGGCCAUGGCCAACGUCUCUAAGAAGGUAUCUUGGUCCGGCCGAGACCGCGAUGAUGAGGAGACGGCGCCGCUGCUUCGAAGGACGGGGCAGCCUGACGAGGAGACGCCGCUGCUGAACGGGGCCGGGCCGGCCGCGCGCCAGUCUCAUUCUGCACUUUUCCGCAUUGGACAGAUGAACAACGUGGAGCUGGACGAUGAGCUUCUGGACCCAGAAGCGGACCCUCCUCACACCUUCCCUAAAGAGAUUCCACACAACGAGAAGCUCCUCUCCCUCAAGUAUGAGAGCCUGGACUAUGACAAUAGUGAAAACCAGCUCUUCCUGGAAGAGGAGAGACGAAUCAACCACACGGCUUUCCGGACAGUGGAGAUCAAGCGCUGGGUUAUCUGUGCCCUCAUUGGAAUCCUCACAGGCCUGGUAGCCUGCUUCAUUGACAUUGUAGUGGAGAACCUGGCAGGCCUCAAGUACAGAGUCAUCAAGGACAACAUCGACAAGUUCACAGAGAAGGGCGGCCUGUCCUUCUCCCUCCUGCUUUGGGCCACGCUGAACUCUGCCUUCGUGCUCGUGGGAUCCGUGAUUGUGGCCUUCAUAGAGCCAGUUGCUGCUGGCAGCGGAAUCCCCCAGAUCAAGUGCUUCCUCAAUGGGGUGAAGAUCCCCCAUGUAGUGCGGCUCAAGACGCUGGUGAUCAAGGUGUCCGGUGUGAUUCUGUCUGUGGUAGGGGGACUGGCUGUGGGAAAGGAAGGGCCAAUGAUCCAUUCGGGUUCAGUGAUCGCUGCUGGAAUUUCACAGGGAAGGUCGACAUCACUCAAGCGAGAUUUCAAGAUCUUUGAGUACUUCCGCAGAGACACAGAGAAGCGGGACUUUGUCUCAGCUGGAGCUGCAGCUGGAGUGUCUGCUGCAUUUGGAGCCCCUGUGGGUGGGGUCCUGUUCAGCCUGGAGGAAGGCGCCUCUUUCUGGAAUCAGUUCCUGACGUGGAGAAUUUUCUUUGCUUCCAUGAUUUCCACGUUUACAUUGAAUUUCGUUCUGAGCAUCUACCAUGGAAACAUGUGGGAUUUGUCCAGCCCGGGCCUCAUCAAUUUUGGAAGAUUCGACUCAGAGAAAAUGGCCUACACCAUCCAUGAGAUUCCUGUCUUCAUCGCCAUGGGUGUGGUGGGUGGCAUUCUUGGAGCUGUGUUCAAUGCUUUGAAUUACUGGCUAACCAUGUUUCGAAUCAGGUACAUCCACCGGCCCUGCCUCCAAGUGAUUGAGGCCAUGCUGGUGGCUGCUGUUACAGCCACAGUUGCGUUCGUCUUGAUUUACUCAUCUCGAGAUUGCCAGCCCCUGCAGGGGAGCUCCAUGUCCUAUCCACUCCAGCUCUUCUGUGCAGAUGGCGAGUACAACUCCAUGGCUGCAGCCUUCUUUAACACCCCUGAGAAGAGCGUUGUCAGCCUUUUCCAUGACCCACCAGGCUCCUACAAUCCCAUGACGCUAGGCCUAUUCACCCUGGUCUACUUCUUCCUGGCCUGCUGGACCUAUGGCCUCACAGUGUCUGCUGGAGUCUUCAUCCCAUCACUGCUCAUUGGGGCUGCCUGGGGCCGACUCUUUGGCAUCUCCUUGUCCUACCUCACAGGGGCAGCAAUCUGGGCAGACCCUGGUAAAUACGCCCUGAUGGGAGCUGCUGCUCAGCUUGGUGGGAUUGUGAGAAUGACUCUUAGCCUGACAGUCAUCAUGAUGGAAGCCACCAGCAACGUGACCUACGGCUUUCCCAUCAUGCUGGUGCUGAUGACUGCCAAGAUUGUGGGUGAUGUCUUCAUUGAGGGUCUCUAUGACAUGCACAUCCAGCUGCAAAGUGUGCCCUUCCUGCACUGGGAGGCCCCGGUCACCUCACACUCGCUCACUGCCAGGGAAGUAAUGAGCACACCUGUGACCUGCCUGAGACGGAGAGAGAAGGUUGGCGUUAUCGUGGAUGUCCUAAGCGACACAGCGUCCAAUCACAAUGGGUUCCCCGUGGUGGAAGAUGUGGGAGACACCCAGCCAGCCAGGCUCCAAGGCUUGAUCCUGCGCUCCCAGCUCAUCGUGCUCCUGAAGCACAAGGUGUUUGUGGAGAGGUCCAACAUGGGUCUUGUGCAGCGGCGGCUGAGGCUGAAGGACUUCCGUGAUGCCUACCCACGCUUCCCCCCAAUCCAGUCCAUCCACGUAUCCCAGGAUGAGCGGGAAUGCACCAUGGACCUUUCUGAAUUCAUGAACCCCUCUCCCUACACAGUGCCCCAGGAGGCGUCUCUUCCUCGAGUGUUCAAGUUGUUCCGGGCCCUGGGCCUGAGGCACUUGGUGGUUGUAGACAACCGCAAUCAGGUGGUCGGGCUGGUGACCAGGAAGGACCUGGCAAGAUACCGCCUAGGGAAGGGAGGCCUUGAAGAGCUUUCCCUGGCCCAGACGUGAGGGUUGGCUCUACCCUUGUGCAGUGGCACCUGAGCCCCUCUGCACCUCCUCCCAGGGUCCCUGGUCUCAGCCAAAGCCUUGCCCCCUGGGCAGUGCAACAGCAGGAGCAAAUGCCUUCCCUGGGCCUGGCUGCUGUGGAGGCCAGACCCUUUGUCUUGGGCAGUUGGUUUACAUCGUCAGCACUUUCCUGUUCCCUGAACCCUUCACCCCUUGGACUUGCCCCUCUCCUGGGUUCCUUCUCCAAGGAUGAAAUGUGCGAUCGCA